UCUAGCGCUAAAUUAGCGUCUUUAUUUACGUCAAAAAAUAAUAAUAAUAAAAAACUGAACGCAACCUGAAGAAGAGCAAUGUUUUUAGGUUUUUUUUCAAGUCAUAUGUUGCAAUGUGUUGACUGUUGAUGUGAUGUGUCCAAUGUCGACGUCGACAUGAUUAAAAAUCAAGAUCAGUCCUGAUAAUUAUUGAUAAAUUUAUUUCAAUAAUAUUCAACGUUUCAUCCAUAUUUGUUAUAUAAUCACUGACAAUGACUUUCAUAUUCAAACCCAUUAAAAUUAGAUAAGAGUUGAAUUUGUCAGUUACAUCAAGACACAUUAAAGUAAUUUAAAAAAUAGUCAAAUGACCCAAGUUCAAAGACGCAAUAGUAAAACAAAAAAAAAUGAUACAAUGUCAUUAUUACAUGAUUGGAGAGAAGCAUUAAGAAAACCUCAUGUAUACAGAGUUGGUAGUGGUUCAUUAAGAAUUCAAAAUCAAUUUUUAAUAAUAUUUAGUAUUGUAUUAUUACUACCAAUAUUAUAUUAUACAUAUCCAACAAUAUUGGAUACUGUUUGUCCAGUAAAACAUCAAGCAUCAUCAUGUUUUGCUUAUUACAAAUAUGAUGAUACUUAUCCAUUAACAAAAUCAACAAAAACAGCACUUGGUAUAACAUAUAAAAUAUCAUUAAUAAGUGAUCUUGAUACUGACUCAAAAGUUAAUGAUAAAAAUAAAUGGAUAAGUUAUGUAAAAGAAGGUAGUUUAACAUGGCAACCACAAUCAAAUAAAAUAUCAAUUUAUUGGGAAAAUAAUAAUGAUUAUGAAUUAUCAUCAACACUUGCUAUGAAAGGGCGUGGUAUGGAAUUAUCAGAACUUGUUACAUUUAAUGGUAAAUUAUUAAGUUUUGAUGAUAGAACUGGUCUUGUUUAUUAUAUUGAAAAUAAAACAGCUUAUCCAUGGAUAAUAUUGAUGGAUGGUGAUGGUAAAAAAACAAAAGGUUUUAAAUCAGAAUGGGCAACUGUUAAAGAUAAUUUAUUGUAUGUUGGAAGUAUGGGAAAAGAAUGGACAACAUCUGAUGGUAUAUUUAAUCAUCAUGAUCCAAUGUGGGUCAAAGUAAUAUCACCAAGAGGCGAAGUACAAUCAUUAAAUUGGAUUGAUAAUUAUAAAAAACUUAGACAAGCAAUUGGCAUUGAAUUUCCAGGCUACAUGAUACAUGAAUCUGGUGAAUGGAGUAAUGUAUUAAAAAAAUGGAUAUUUUUACCAAGAAGAUGCUCCAAAGAACAAUACAAUGAAACUAAAGAUGAAGUUAUGAGUUGUAAUGUUUUAUUAACAGCUGAUGAUGAUUUUUCAAAUGUCAAGGUAACGAUUAUUGAUAAUUCACAAGGAGUACGUGGAUUUUCAAGCUUUAAAUUUCUUCCUGGUAGUGAUGAUAAAAUAAUUAUUGCAUUAAAGAGUGAAGAGUUUCAAGGUAAUACUAAAACUUAUAUAACUGCAUUCACAAUUGAUGGUACAAUACUCAUGAAUGAUGUUAAAAUUGCUGAUCAAAAAUUUGAGGGAAUUGAAUUUGUAUAAAUAUAGUAAUAAUUAGCUAAUUGUAUAAUUAAUUUUUGUAAAAAUAAUUGUACAUAUGUGCGAUUUAUAAAUAAUUGUAAAAAAAAAAACAUUAUCAUUCUCAGCUAAAUACAGUAUCAAUAUUAAUUAAAGAUAAAAAAUAAGAAUACUUGAUGAAUAAAUAUAUAUUUUUUUCAUGUUAAUUUGCAUUUUAUAUUUUAUUCAACAAAAGAUAAAAAGAAAAACGUAAAGACUUG